GGCUGCACCGCUGCACCUCCGCACCGGAGGUCUCGCCGUAAUUGGUGCCGCGCCGACCUUCGCCUGCGAGCAGCGCCGCCGCCUCGCUUCCCCGCCCCCGGCCCCGCCUCCUCGGCCCCGCGCGCCGCCCGCCCUCCGCGCCAGUCGCUGACAGCCGCGGCGCUGCGAGCUGCUUCUCCUCUGCUCCCGGCCCAGGCAGAUCAGUCAUCAUGGAGAACCUUGGUUGCUGGAUGCUGGUCCUCUUUGUGGCCACAUGGAGUGACAUAGGCCUCUGCAAGAAGCGACCCAAGCCUGGAGGAUGGAACACUGGGGGGAGCCGAUACCCGGGCCAGGGCAGCCCUGGAGGCAACCGCUACCCACCCCAGGGUGGUGGUGGCUGGGGGCAGCCUCACGGUGGCGGCUGGGGGCAGCCCCAUGGUGGUGGCUGGGGACAACCCCAUGGUGGCGGCUGGGGACAGCCUCAUGGUGGUGGUGGCUGGGGUCAAGGAGGUGGCACCCACAGUCAAUGGGGAAAGCCCAGUAAGCCAAAAACCAACCUGAAGCAGAUGGCAGGCGCUGCCGCAGCUGGGGCAGUGGUGGGAGGCCUCGGCGGCUAUAUGCUGGGGAGUGCCAUGAGCAGGCCCCUCAUACAUUUUGGCAAUGACUAUGAGGACCGUUACUAUCGUGAAAACAUGUACCGUUACCCCAACCAAGUGUACUACAGGCCGGUGGAUCAGUACAGCAACCAGAACAACUUCGUGCAUGACUGCGUCAACAUCACGGUCAAGCAGCACACAGUCACCACCACCACCAAAGGGGAGAACUUCACCGAGACCGAUAUUAAGAUAAUGGAGCGUGUGGUUGAGCAGAUGUGUAUCACCCAGUACCAGAAGGAGCAGCAGGCUUAUUACCAGAGAGGCUCAAGCCUGGCCCUCCUCUCCUCCCCGCCUGUGAUCCUCCUCAUCUCCUUCCUCAUCUUCCUGAUAGUGGGAUGAGGCACGUCUUCCUGUUUCACCAUCUUUUUCAUCUUUUUCCAGGUUGGGGAGGGGGUGUCCACCUGCAGCCCUUUCAGCAGUGGCGUCUCAUUCUUGCUUCUCCUUGUCCCCCAUAGGCUAACACCCUUGACACUGAUGGGCACUGGGAAAUGUAGAGUAGACCUGGGAUGCUGUUUAUUCAGGCCCCCUUUGAUUGAGUCCUUCACAGGCCCAUGCUAGUGCUGGCCCAGGAAAAAUAUAACAGCAAAUAAUCCCUGGUUAUUCUAGGCUUAUUUUUAGUCUACUAUAACAGGUUGAGGCUAAAACAUCUCAAAACAGCCCUCAGAUACCUUUGCCUGAAUACCUCUAGCUCCUUCAGCAGCCAGGACUCAGCAUACCAGUGCCCCAACUUAGCAGUGGUUUUAUAGCAAUUUAGAGAAAUUUUCUCAUCCGUUUUAAGACAACCUGACAGCACUUCUGCCAAGUUUGGAAGGAGGCCGCAUGGUACUCACUCAAAAAAAAAAAAAGCAAACACGAGAAAUCCUUAGCUCUCGGGCCACAGGCUUCGCCCACUGGAGCAUGUGCUGUGUCCACAGAGACUGUGGCAGCCCUUGGCCUUUUGCAGUGCGGGCUGCACAGAGGCUGUUGCAUCAAGAGUAAAUACUGUGCAACACAAGACCACUGGCCAGAGGACAUUUUCACAGGGAAUGAACAUUACUGUAACAUAAGUGAAAAUCUUCUGGGACUGAAAAAUCUAACAUCUGGGAGUGGUACCCUGAGAGACACCUCCCAUUUUGGAUGAUUAAAGCACCUACAUGUGGCAUUCCUUUUGUUAGUAACAUAAACUCUAGAUAUUUAAGGCGGCAAAAAUUAGAUUACCUUCUACACACUGAAAGCAAAUCUCCUUUGUUCAUUUACUUGGAAACCAAAAUGAUUUUAAUGUUGUUUGGGUGAAACCAGAAGACUUUAACAUAGAGGAAAGCUGCAGUUGUCCAAGCACAGUCGUCACAGAGGAUCACGUAAUGAAGAAAAUGGUUAGUGUGCAAAGAAAAGAAAUGCUUCCAUUCCUUCAUUUCUGGCUCAUAAUUGUCAAAAACCAGAAUUAGGUCAAGUCCUUAGUUUUUGUAAUUGGCUUUUGAAUUAAAGAGUAGGAAGACAAUCUAAAAAAUACGUUGGAGAUGAUAGAAAUAUGAUCUACUUAUAGUAGAAAAGGAAAUUCUGUUAAUGUCAUUUAAGUAAGGUAAAAUUACUCCCUGAAUUGUUCAACAUUGUCACCUAGCAGAUACAUAUUACUGUUCUGCAAUGUCAUUGGUUUGCAUUGUGUGGGUAUUCUAUGUAAAAAAAAAAAAAUACGUAUAUAUAAAAUAUAUAUUGCUUUUGACAAACUUAGAAGUUUCUUUUAGAGCAGUUUAAUAACUGAAGUAUCUAAUGCAUUAAUUGUUUUGUAAGGUACUAAAUACCUAAUUUGUGGGAAACCCUUUUGCAUGGAACUUAGGCUUACAAUGUGCACUGAAUAGUUUUGUAUAAGAACCCAAACUGGACACCGUUAACUGGUCUUUGAAAUGUGCAUGUACUUUAUAUUUUCUAUAUUUAUAACUUUGCAUGUACUUGUUUUGUUGUACACAAAAUUUGUAAAUGUUUACUAUCUGACUGAAAUUAAAGAAGCUAAGAUGAACAUCA